CACCUUGGUUGCAUUUUUACACGUAUUCCCCAAAACAAACGUUGGAGCUGCCACAUGCAUAACUGCCAAGCAACACUGACUGUACUCCUUCAAUUUUUCUUCAGUUACAACAUUUGAGAUAAGCAUGUGGUAAGCCUUAAGCACCCCUUCUAGUCUAAUCCCUUGCCGGGGAAGUCUUCAAGUUUCGCCGGAAAAUGUUGGCUGUUUUUGAGAAAGGGAUUGGCAAGCCCCCGGAGGAGCUGAGUCUUCCUUCCAUGGGGUUGCAGAACUCAAAAACCCGGCAAGAGAUCGCAGAGACGCUCCGGGUGGCAUGGCCAGAGGCGACCAUGUACAGCCUCUCAAAUGGGAACUUCCUGGCUUUGUCACAUGUGGAUGAAAGUCCAACACAUCCAAGGUCCAUUGUAGUCGUGGACGAUGUCUUCUGCAUUUUCGUUGGGACGUUAGAGAACAUCUGCGACCUAAGAAGGCACUAUGGGCUUUCCAGGCAAGCAACAGAAGCCAUGGUGGUGGUUGAAGCUUAUAAAGUCCUGAGAGAUCGUGCACCUUACCCUCCUGAUCAAGUCAUUAGAGAUCUUGAAGGAAAAUUUGCAUUUAUUCUCUUUGAUGCUAAAGGUGGUACUCUUUUUACAGCCAGGGAUCGGGAUGGAAGCAUAAAUCUUCACUGGGGCAUGGCGGGUGACGGGUCACUGGUCUGCUCCGACAAUCCAAAAAUCAUUACAGAGGCUUGUGGAAAAGCUUGUGCUCCUUUUCCUCCAGGCUGCAUCUUCAUGAAUGGAAGUGGGCUAAUGAGCUUUGAUCACCCCCUUCACAAGGUAAGAGCAAUUGCACGGGAAGAUGAUGAUGGAAGCAUUUCUGCCAUUAUUUUUCAGGUGGACUUGCUCACGAGACUACCCAGCAUUCCACGCACUGGUAGUGCAGCCAACUGGGCUGGUGCUGCCGUUGUUAAUGAAGAAUAAGGUGACGAGGUUUUGCCCUCAAUGAGAAUGGACUCUGGUCUAAUCUUAUGCAAUGAAAACUAAAUAAUGUGUUCAUGGGUUCAUGCGUUGAAGCUUGAGGAAUGUGUUGGUUUCCCAAAGUGACAUGAAUCUGGAUUGCAGAACUUUAAUACAGUUUGUUGUGAACACAAUGUUUAUGGUAUGUAUUUAUGUUUGGGGAA